AUGACCCAGCCCGACUAUGAGAUCUUCAAACUUGGAGACUGGAAGCUCCAAAGCGGAGAGACCAUCCCCGACGCGCAUCUCGCCUACAAGACCUUUGGAGACCCGAAAUCGCCUGCCAUCGUCUAUCCGACCUGGUUUUCAGGCCUGAUCUCCGACAACUACUGGCUAGUGGGGUCGGACAAGACGCUGAACCCGCAGAAGUACUUCAUCGUCAUCCCCGCACUGUUCGGCAACGGUCAGUCCACCUCCCCCUCGAACUACCCCGGUCCCCGUCCCUUCCCGACGGUAUCCUUCUACGACAACGUUCGCGCCCAGCAUGCCCUGGUCACGCAGCAUCUGCGCAUCAGCCAUCUCCGCGCCGUGAUAGGGUGGUCCAUGGGCGCCGCCCAGAGCUACCAAUGGGCCACCCAGUAUCCUGACAUGAUGGAUCUGGUCGUCCCGUUCUGCGGUUCUGCUCGCACCGCGUUACAUAACCAGGUCUUCUUGGAGGGCGAGAAAACUGCCCUACUGGCGGCCAAGCAUAUCGAGUCCGCUGGUUCGGGAAAGGGGCGUCUGUUGGAGGGGACUCAGACGGUGACAGCUUGGGGUGACAAUGAGAGACAGAUUGGAUUGAAAGCAUUCGCUAGGGGAUAUGCGGGGUGGGGCUUCAGUCAGACCUUUUAUCGACAAAAGUUGUACGAGACCGUAUUGGGGUUCAAGGGGUUGGAGGACUUUCUACAGAACUUCUGGGAAGCCUGGGCCCUUAGUAAAGAUCCGGAGAAUCUUUUGACCAUGUUGCAGACAUGGCAGAAUGGGGACGUAUCGCAACAGGCGCCCUACGAUGGUGACUUGGAAAAGGCCAUGGCUUCAAUCCGAGCCAAAACGCUGGUCAUGCCUUCAAAGACCGAUCUUUAUUUCCCUCCGGAGGAUUCCAAAUAUGAGGUGGCGUGCAUGAACCCAGGGAUUGGUACACUUCAUGUCAUUCCCUCAGUAUGGGGCCACUGGGCUGGCGGCCCUGGAGAUAGCAAGGCCGACGUGAAGUGGAUUGAUGAGCGAUUGCGGGAAUUCUUUGAGGCAAAUGGGCUGGGUUCUUCCGUAGAGGGUAUUGUGCAGGCAGGCAAGGAACUGAAGAUCUGA